CAUCGUCCUGGUCUGCCUCAUUUUCAGCGUGCUGUCCACCAUCAAGCAGUAUGUCGCUCUGGCCACAGGGACCCUCUUCUGGAUGGAGAUCGUCCUGAUGGUGUUCUUUGGAAUGGAGUACGUGGUCUGCCUCUGGUCAGCAGGCUGCCGCAGCAAGUAUGCGGGCAUCUGGGGGCGGCUGCGCUUUGCCCGGAAGCCCAUUUCCAUCAUUGACCCCAUUGUGGUGGUGGCCUCCAUGGUUGUCCUCUGCGUGGGCUCCAAAGGGCAGGUGUUUGCCACCUCGGCCAUCAGGGGCAUCUGCUUUCUCCAGAUCCUGAGGAUGCUGCAUGUGGACCGCCAGGGAGGCACGUGGAGGCUGCUUGGCUCUGUGGUCUUCAUCCACCGCCAGGAGCUGAUCACCACCUUAUACAUUGGCUUCCUGGGCCUCAUCUUCUCCUCCUACUUCAUGUACCUGGCUGAGAAGGACGCCGUGAACGAGUCAGGCCAGGUCGAGUUCGGCAGCUACGCGCAUGCCCUGUGGUGGGGGGUGGUCACAGUCACCACCAUCGGCUAUGGGGACAAGGUGCCCCAGACGUAGACGUGGGUCGGGAAGACCAUCGCCUCCUGCUUCUCCGUCUUCGCCAUCUCCUCCUUCGCACUCCCUGCGGGGAUCCUCGGCUCCGGCUUUGCCCUGAAGGCCCAGCAGAAGCAACGGCAAAAACACUUCAACAGGCGGAUCCCGGCAGCAGCCUCGCUCAUCCAGACAGCACGGAGGUGCUAUGCAGCUGAGAACCCUGAGUCCUCCACCUGGAAGAUAUAUGUUCGCAAGCCCUCACGGAGCCACCCACUGCUAUCUCCCAGCCCCAAGCCCAAGAAAUCUGCCAUGGUAAAGAAAAAAAAGUUCAAACUGGACAAGGACAAUGGGGUGGGUCCCGGAGAGAAGAUGCUCACGGUACCCCACAUCACAUGCAAACCUGUCGCAGAGGAGCGGAGGCCAGACCAUUUCUCUGCGGACGGCUGUGACAGUUCUGUGAAGAGCUCCAUGCUGCUGGAAGUGAGCCCCGCCCACUUGAUGAGAACCAACAGCUUUGCUGAGGACUUGGACCUGGAAGGGGAGACGCUGCUGGCCCCCAUCACACACGUGGCACAGCUGUGGGAGCACCAUCGGGCCGCCAUCAAGGUCAUUCGGUGCAUGCAGUACUUUGUGGCCAAGAAGAGAUUCCAGCAAGCACAGAAGCCCUAUGACGUGCGGGAUGUCAUCGAGCGGUACUCUCAGGGCCACCUCAACCUCAUGGUGCGCAUCAAAGAGCUGCAGAGAAGCAAGCUGGACCAGUCCAUCGGGAAGCCUCAGAUCUCCGCUUCAGAGAAGAGCAAGGACCGAGGUAACAACAGCAUUGGUGCCCGCCUGAACCAGGUGGAAGACAAGGCGCCGAUGGAAAUGUGCUGGAACUGGGCAGAGGCCACCGUGGGUGGUGUCCUGCUCAGCCUGACUGGCUGCUGCCUCACAAUUGACUGGUGCCCUCCUUGGGGACAGACCCUGGGAAAGCGUCUGGCCAGGCCCAGAGGGCACAGUGCUAUGUCUCAGCCCCACGUUAUCACUGCAGCCAUCAGGGCCAUAAACAACCCCCACGCAAUCUGCUGA